AUGAGCUCCGAACCCGACUUGCACCGCGCUAUUUCGAUGCGACCCUUGCCCUUCAACAACGGCUUCCGGCAAGAGAGCCCUCGCCCGAGCGAGGCCAGCCUCCACCCGUCUUCUUCCGAUGCCAUAACCGUUAUCAAGUCCGGGAAAUCCACAGCCAUCGAUUCUGACAAGAUAGAUGAGCCAUUCGCUCGCCAUGGGCACCGCAACGAGACCGACAUCGAGUUGCAAUCGAUCCCCACCUAUGACGAAGACACGGACCCGUACCAACUGGCGUCCAAGAUCAAGACGCCCGACGAGAUGGCACAGAUACGGGCGAACUCAUCGCGGAAGCGAGACGGCUUUGGGCCCUUGAAAACAAACAAGAACGCGUACAGGGCACGCAAGAUCGCCAAAUUCUACGAGGCCCAGAAUGAGAAUAUCUCGGAUCUGCUGAAGCCGGUUGAAGACCAUAGAAGACUAGCGAAGGAGGAAGAGGGCGCCGACCACCUGCAGUUCAAGAUUGCGGUCCAGGGAAGCUUCAUCGCGAACGUCAUUCUUGCGGGCCUGCAGCUGUAUGGUGCGGCGUCGUCUGGGUCGCUUUCGCUGUUCACAACCAUGGUCGACUCGGUCUUCGACCCAAUGAGCAACAUUACCCUGAUUUUGUGCAACCGCGCUGUCAAGAGGGUCGAUGGCAGGAGAUUUCCCUCCGGCAAAGCGCGCAUUGAGACGGCGGGGAACAUCUUCUUCUGCUUCCUCAUGUGCGCCGUCUCUGCCAUCAUCAUCGUCGAAUCCAUCCGCGAGCUUGUGACGUAUAAUUCUGGCCAGGAUACCAAGAAACUACAUAUCCCGUCCAUUAUCGCGGUUGCUGUAGCCUUUUGCACGAAGUUUGCCCUGUUCCUCUACUGCUGGGCGCUGCGGAACAAGUACUCUCAAAUCCGCAUUCUAUGGGAGGAUCACCGAAACGACUUGUUCAUCAACGGCUUCGGUAUCUUGACCUCCGUCGGAGGCGCCAAGCUGAGAUGGUGGAUCGAUCCUAUGGGCGCUAUUCUGCUGUCUGUCUUGAUCAUCUUCCUUUGGCUCAGGACAGCGUACUCCGAGUUCCAGUUGCUGAUCGGCGUCACGGCUGACACGCACAUGUUGCAGCUUAUCACAUAUAUCUCUAUGACCCACUCCCCCGAGGUCAAGCAGAUCGACACCGUCCGCGCCUACCACAGCGGUCCCCGCCUCAUCGUCGAAGUCGACAUUGUCAUGGACCCCAACGAUACCCUCCGCCACACGCACGACGUCGCCGAAGAGCUCCAGAUCAAGCUCGAGAGCCUGCCGAACGUGGAGCGUGCCUAUGUGCACGUCGACUUUGAGACCAGCCACGCCCCAGAGCAUUUCUUGAAGAAAGAGCUGUAA